CUCAAGGAGGUUACACUAAUAUUUACAGGUUUCUGGUGAUUCCCGAGGUCAUAUCAGCCGGGGUUCCGGAAUUGCAUUAUCACUACGUCAGUAUCGGUGCCCUGCAGGAGCUAUCACAUCCCACAUCUUCAGCUCAAGUCCAGGCUUCUCGACCACAUCUAAGAAUACAUCCUACAUCCUACAUCCUCAUUCCCUCAACACUCAUUCUUUAAACAAAUUGCUUAAUAAUGCCGUCGAAUUUGCAUUCUUGAUACACGGAUACCUUCAAAUACUAUUAUUUCUCCACUCAAUUGGUAGUGGCAGGCAAUUGGUAGCAUGCUGCCUCUGAAGUGCAUUGCUCGGUGCAGUCGACGCGGGCACCUCCUAAACACACAUUUACGAUACGGCAAUAAUACUAAUACAGCUUCUUGGAAGCUCUCCAGUUUUGGCGGUCGUGGAUUGCCAGCUUUUAGGUCAUAUCAUUCCAAGAAAUCACCAUCGAAUUCUCUCCCCCUGCGACAAUCUCGCCCCGCGCUACGACAGUCCUUCAUCCAGCAGAACAUUCGAACUGUCUCUGGGAGACCCCUACCACAACGUCGAUCAUGGGCUCUCAACUUUGUAUACCGCUCUGCCGCCGUUCUGGGGGGGUCGAUCGCGGUUCUGGGCGUCGGCGUGGUGGCUUUCUUCCUUUAUGAUGCGUCGACGUACCGCGAGGAUCUGAGUUAUAAGGAUAUACGCGUUUCUGAGCUGGCGCUGAGUCCGAGACGGGGGGGACCGAAGAAUUUGCCCAUUGCGGAGGUGCAGCUCGAUGACUUUGAUAGCGAGGCUAUGGAACGUCAGAAGGAUAAGCCGAAGUUGGUGAUUCUUGGUGGGGGGUGGGGGAGUGUUGCGUUGCUUAAGACGUUGAAUCCGGAUGAGUACCAUGUUACUUUGGUUUCACCUACGAAUUACUUUUUGUUUACGCCUAUGUUGCCUUCUGCUACUGUUGGGACGCUCGAAUUUCGAUCAUUGGUAGAACCUAUGAGACGAAUCAUUCAGAGGGUAAAGGGGCAUUUUAUUAGAGGUAAUAAUCCAAGUAAAGUCGGUACAGUAACUUCAGUAUCUAACAGUAUUUCUAGCCUCGGCGGAGCACGUUGAGUUUUCGGAAAAGUUGGUAGAGUUAUCACAGAAAGAUGCAAAUGGAAAUGAUGUACAUUUCUAUCUUCCAUACGAUAAACUUGUUAUUGGAGUAGGAUCGACCACCAAUCCUCAUGGCGUGAAGGGUUUGGACAAUUGUCAUUUCUUAAAAGACAUCGACGAUGCGCAGAAAAUCCGGAAUCGAAUCAUGACGAAUCUUGAAAAUGCAUGCCUGCCUACAACUUCCGACGAAGAGAGACGUCGACUACUUUCAUUUGUUAUUAGUGGUGGUGGGCCAACAGGCGUUGAGUUUGCUGCUGAGCUUUUCGACUUACUUAAUGAGGACCUCACCCAACACUUUCCAAAAAUCCUAAGAAACGAGAUUUCAGUCCAUCUCAUUCAGAGUAGAGGACAUAUCUUAAAUACAUACGACGAAUCCCUAUCAAAAUACGCCGAAGCUCGCUUUGCUCGUGACCAAGUAGUCAUUCUCACGAAUUCCCGAGUCAAGGAAAUCACUCCAGACAGUAUUUUCUUUACUCAAAAGGGCGAGCAAGGAGAGACCAUCACCAAGGAACUCCCAAUGGGAUUCUGUCUUUGGUCAACCGGAGUUUCCCAAACCGAAUUCUGCCAAAACGUAGCAGCUGCAUUAGGAACAGCCCAAACCAACAAACACGCCCUUGAAACCGACUCUCACCUUCGCCUUAACGGCGCUCCUCUAGGUGACGUCUACGCCAUAGGCGACUGUUCAACCGUCCAAAAUAACGUAGCCGACCAUCUGGUUACCUUCCUCCGUACCCUUGCCUGGGAAAAAGGCAAGGAUCCAGAAACCGUGCAAAUCACUUUCUCGGAAUGGCGAGAAGUCGCGCAAAAGGUACGAAAGCGCUUUCCCCAAGCAGCAGACCACCUUAAACGUCUCGACAAGCUCUUCUACGAUUACGACAAAGACCAAUCCGGUACCCUGGAUUUCGGCGAGCUCCGCGAACUCCUCAUGCAAAUCGACUCCAAACUCACAUCCCUCCCCGCUACCGCGCAACGCGCUCACCAACAGGGACAAUAUCUCGGGCACAAGUUCAACAAGAUGGCCCAUGCGGCGCCCGGGAUGAAAGUCAACGAUGUCAUUCAUGGGGAUCUUGACGAGACUGUUUACAAGGCCUUUGAAUACCAUCAUCUGGGUAGCUUGGCGUAUAUUGGGAACUCGGCAGUCUUUGAUCUCGGUGGGGGGUGGAAUGUUUCCGGGGGUCUUUGGGCGGUUUAUGCGUGGAGGAGUGUGUAUUUUGCGCAGAGUGUUAGUUUUCGCACAAGGUGUUUGUUGGCUAUGGAUUGGGCUAAGAGGGCGCUUUUUGGAAGGGGUGAGUUUCUAGUUCUCCUUUUUUCCUUCCUUCUUUUUUCUUACUCUUUGGGGUAUUUUGAGGACAAAAACUGACGAAUCCUGCGUAGAUUUGAUGAAUUGGUAGAGAAGAUUCGGAAUGGGGUAAAAGUUUGAAAAGAUGAGAGAUUGUGGACAGACGGGUUGUAAUGAUGCUCUUGCUUAUGCCUGGAACUCGAUAGCAUAUACCUGUUCCCUGUUAAAUACUCACCAAAGCAAGAUAAUCUCUCCUCGCGCUAAGGGGGCGAGUAGGUGGAAGGGUUAGGUGGUACAGUACAGUACACGUACGUGAUUGGACGAGCAUUAGGUAGUUCAUAGAAGUGCUAGCUCGUCGCUUCGCAGGUCGUGAUGGUGGGUGGGUGGGUGAGUUGUUGAACAGAGAGUUGUAGAUGGAUAGAAUGAAACUCUUGAAAUCCUUGAUCAUGUGUGUUAGGAAUUUUUGUCCUGGACUCCUGAUUUGGUGGUCCUACUCGUAGUUCU